AUGGCAUCCAGAAAAUUUUUGGACGUUUUGAUCCGAGACUAUAUGUCCGUUCUUAACAGUGGUGAUUAUGCUGACGUUAUUCUCCGAAUUGGUGAUGAUGAACACUUUAAAGAGUUUCGUGCACAUUCUAUUGUCUUGCGCACUCGGUCGCCUUAUUUUCGAACUGCUCUUUCCGAUAGAUGGGCACAGAAACAAGAUAAUGUAAUUAUUUAUGAGAAACCAAACAUUUUGCCUGAGGCCUUUGAAGUUAUUCUCAAUGGAGUUCUUGAAUUGAAAUUACGUGAUGUAAAAGUUGUUCUUAACAUUCUUGUUGCUUGUAAAGAACUCUGUCUUCUUGACCUCUUCGAUUAUAUGCAAGAUUAUCUUCUUAAUAAUAUGUCAGAAGCAAUGCAACAAAAUUUUUCCCUUGUUCAACAUUUUUUCCAAAAGGUCACACCUUAUAAAGAGGCAAUCGAUCAAGAAUUAUAUGGCGAAAUUCUUAAAUUUCAUUCUAGUGCUGCUACAAAGUCUAAAUCUACUAUACCUUUGUCUCAACGUCGGGGUGUAGAUUCAGUACUUAUUGGCGUAAAGCAUUUACAUCUCUUUUCACGAUGGAUUGAUAAUAAACCUGAUUCCAUAUAUAGCAGAAAUAAUAUUCCUUAUGAGUUCAAAUUGCUUCUUAGAGGUAGUCGAAAUGGAUUUACACCUCAAGAAUUUCAUGAUUUAUGCGAUGAAAAAGGUCCAACUUUAGUAGUAGCAAAAAUCAAAAACUCUAAUGAAAUAAUUGGUGGGUUCAAUCCUGUAAGUUGGGACUCUUCUGACGCACUAUUAGAAGUAAAAAAUAGUUUUGUUUUUAGUUUGGAUGAGAAUUUAGAUGAUUCGAUUCUUAGUAGAUCCGUUGGUACCAUCUCUUCAAUUUGUAAUUCACCUUUACAUGGUCCUGUUUUUAGAGGUAUUCUGAUUUUUAAUGGAGAUUUCAAAAAUGAUUGCGCUUCUUAUUGUAAUUUUGAUAAAGCUACCACCCCUUAUGAGGGUCCUAUUAGAAAUACUAAAGAUAAAUUUUCUGUUGAAGAAUUAGAGGUUUUCCAAGUCAUCAAAAAAAAAUUAUAG